GCCGCCGCCGCCGCCGCCGCCAUGGGGAAGCGACAGCACCAGAAGGACAAGAUGUACAUUACCUGUGCUGAAUACACUCACUUCUAUGGUGGCAAGAAACCAGAUAUCGCACAAACAGAUUUUCGUCGUCUACCUUUUGACCACUGCAGUCUCUCUCUACAGCCCUUUGUCUACCCGGUCUGCACCCCCGAAGGCGUCGUCUUUGACUUGCUGAAUAUUGUCCCUUGGCUUAAGAAGUAUGGCACGAACCCCAGCAACGGAGAGAAACUGGACGGGAGGUCCCUGAUCAAGCUGAACUUUGCAAAGAACAGUGAAGGGAAGUACCACUGCCCUGUGCUGUUCACCGUCUUCACCAACAACAGCCACAUCGUGGCCAUCAGGACCACUGGCAACGUCUACGCCCACGAGGCGGUGGAGCAGCUAAACAUCAAGGCCAAGAACUUCCGAGACCUGCUGACCGACGAGCCCUUCUCCCGGCAGGACAUCAUCACCCUACAGGACCCCACCAGUUUGGACAAAUUCAAUGUCUCCAACUUCUUUCAUGUUAAGAAUAACAUGAAAAUAAUAGACCCAGAUGAAGAAAAGGCCAAGCAGGACCCAUCUUAUUAUUUGAAAAACACGAACACGGAGACCCGAGAGACGCUGCAGGAGCUCUACAAGGAGUUCAAAGGGGACGAGAUGCUGGCGGCCACCAUGAAGGUCCCCGAGAAGACAAAGGUGGACAGGCUGAACGCUGCCCACUAUUCCACCGGGAAGGUCAGCGCCUCCUUCACCUCCACUGCCAUGGUUCCCGAGACCACGCAUGAAGCAGCCGCCAUUGAUGAGGACGUGCUGCGCUACCAGUUCGUGAAGAAGAAGGGCUACGUGCGGCUGCACACCAACUUGGGUGACCUCAACCUGGAGCUGCACUGCGACCUGACGCCAAAAACCUGUGAGAACUUCAUCAAGCUUUGUAAGAAGCAGUACUACGAUGGCACCCUCUUCCACAGGUCCAUCCGAAACUUCGUGAUACAGGGGGGUGACCCCACGGGCACAGGCACAGGGGGGGAGUCGUACUGGGGAAAGCCCUUCCGAGACGAGUUCCGGCCCAACCUCUCGCACACGGGCCGCGGCGUCCUCAGCAUGGCCAACUCGGGGCCCAACACCAACAAGUCUCAGUUCUUCAUCACCUUCCGCUCCUGCGCGUACCUGGACAGGAAGCACACCAUCUUCGGGCGGGUUGUUGGAGGCUUUGACACACUGACGGCCAUGGAGAACGUGGAGAGUGACCCCAAAACUGACCGCCCUAAGGAGGAGAUUCGCAUGGACUCCACCACAGUGUUUGUGGACCCCUACGAGGAAGCCGAUGCCAAGAUCGCUGAGGAGCGGAAGAAGACGCGGCUGGAGGCAGCGGCCCUGGAGAGCACAGCCAAGACCAGCCAGCCCCAGCAGGGGAGCCAGGGCCCCCAGACGUACCGCCGGGGAGUGGGCAAGUACAUCAGCCCGGUGGUCACGAAACGGGUAGCAGAGGAAGAACCCUCCACCAGUGCAGCUGUCCCCGUGGCCAAGAAAAAGCCCAGCCGAGGUUUUGGGGACUUCAGCUCGUGGUAGCAGGCUGGCCGCUCUGGAUUCUGGACGGCCUGGCCCUGUCUCCACGUCUGCUCCUCUGCCUCAGUCAGGAGGGCAAAGCCAGCUGGCUCCCGCUGUUCCUGGCAAAGGGCGAGCAGAGGUCCUGGGAGCUGGUGUCUGUCGUCCCCCCAGCCCCUGCCAACUCCUCUCCAGCCUCAGGGCCUGGCCUUGUGCUCACACACGACCUGGGGACCUGCUCGGUGGUGUCUCUUCCUACUGAAGAUCUUCAAAGCCUACCCUUUCUGCGCCCUCCAUCCCACAGUCCUCCUGACUGUGAUGAUGCUCCCUCGGCUUCCAGAAGCUCCCGUGGAAGCUGAGGGACAGCUGCCUCCUCCCAGGACCCGUCUACUCCCUCUGCAAGGCCAACAGGGCCAUCACUGCCCUCCCCUACUCUCAGCACUUGUGUUCUCGGGUCAGCAAGGCCACCACCCCCUUGGGCUCUGGUCCCGUUUCUCUCCUUUCCUGCCUCACCCGAAACCUCACGUCAGUGAGUGCCAACAGCUCUUACUUCUAGAAGGUACUGUGGCUCUUUCCGCGUCUCUGCUUCUGAGCCCUGGGCCUGUCUCACCUGCCUCCUCUGAGCCUCGUGUGCAGGUCCCCAUGGAUGGCGGCGCCUUCCCUGCACACGGACCCACCGUGCAGCCCGUCCUCCGAGGCCCCUGCCCAUGACCAUCAGCUGGGACCUGGGCUCGACGGUGACCUUUCCACUCCCCCGAUGCCUUGGGCCAGGCUGCUGUCCCUCACGUCUUCCCAACCCUCUCUCCAUUAAGGGGCUUACACGCCCAUGCUGUCUCCGGGAGCUGGGGUCACGGGGAUGAGGUGGCCAGGCCUGGUGACGGCCAGCCUAAGUGCUCUUGUGGGCCACACGGGGACGCUUGCCUAGGGCGCCUGGACCCCCAGAUUGGGGGCUCCGCCCUCAGCAGCUCCUUGGCUACCCCAUCAGGUCGCGAGACCUGUGAUGCUGCUAACUAGGAGACAUUGGAUGUUGGAAGCUUUAUUUUUAAACCUCACACAGACAGAGGACGGAGAGCCGGACGUGGGGCCAGAGGAAGCCUGUGCAUAUGAGCUUGGCAGUCCUGCUUGAGGGGCAAACCUUCGGGCUGGCCUGGGCUUCUGUCCAUCCGUCUGUCUUGCAGCCAUGCCCAACUGCCCUGAGGGAAGGCCGGCCACCCUGGGCUGCAGCCCCGCGGCGCCACCCACAGUGAAGGACAGGCCUGCCCAGAGCCUUAGACAAAUGAGGGUUUACAUUUCUGUAGGUCGUUUUGAGCUUAAAUUGUAGUUUUCUAGACAUUAAAAACAUUCAGAUUUUGUUAAUUCCCUGGUGAGAUUAUCAGGUAAAUUAAAGAACUUUUUAAACAAC